UUUAGUAACUUAAACUUGCUUUGUUUUGCAUUGCAGACAAGAGUCGCCAACCAUUUUGCACGAGAUACAUGCUUCCUUGCCCAUCCCCAAUUCUCAUCUCCGACCAAACAAACCUCAAAAAUUGCAUAGAAUUGAUCGAUGACAAUGGCGCCUUGGAGCAGAUUCCAACUUCAAUUGCAAAGGGCUUUGGGUACCAUUCACUCUCCAACCCUAUUCUUAUUUGCAAAUUGUUUCCAUUCUUCUUCUCCUAAUUUCACUGAUGCACAUAAAGGUGCACUUUUCUUCAGAUAUAAGUUCGAAUCUGCUUCUUUUACUCACCUUGAUGAUGCUUUGGCUUGCUUUGAUCGCAUAAUUCAUAUGCAUCCUCUUCCUUCUAGAGUUGAAUUUAAUCGAUUUUUAUCUGCUCUCGUCAGAAUGAAACAUCACCAGACUGUCAUUUCCUUGUCCAAAAUAAUUGAAUCGCUAGGGAUCUAUCACAGUAUUUAUUCUCUAAACAUCUUGAUUAAUUGCUUCUGCCAUUUGCACCUUGUAGAUUUUGGCUUCUCUAUUUUGGGGAAAAUCCUUAAAUCUGGAUUGGAGCCUGACAUUGUUACAUUUAGUACCUUAGUUAAAGGGCUCUGUGUAAAGGGUCUAACUGAUCAAGCAUUAGACUUUCUUGAUGACGUGGUUGCAGCAGGCUACCAACCUAGUGUUUGUACUUACAAUAUCAUGGUCAAUGGUAUCUGUAAAUUUGGGAAAACAAGUGAGGCUAUUGGGUUUCUAAAGGGAAUGGUUGAAAGGGGUUGUGAGGCAGAUGUUGUGACAUACAAUGCAGUCAUUGAUGCCCUUUGCAAGGAUAAGCUAGUCGUUGAGGCUUUAGAACUUUUCUCUCAAAUGAGGAAUAAAGGCAUUUUACCUGAUGUUAGUACUUACAACUGUUUAAUUCAUGGGCUUUGCAAUUUAGGCAAACAUAAUCAAGCUUUGUCCUUGUUGAAAGAAAUGGUGGGACAAAACAUAUCACCAGAUAGUUUUACCUUCAACAUAUUGAUUAACGCUCUCUGCAAGAAGGGAUUGUUUUCAGAUGCUCAAAAUAUAAUCAAGAUAAUGGUUCAAAGAGGUGUGGAGCCUAAUUUGGUCACAUAUCAAACCUUGAUUCAUGGCUUGUGCUAUUUACAUAAGGGGAAGGAAGCUUUGGCCUUGUUAAAUGAAAUGGCGAGGAAGAAUAUAUCACCAGACGUUCUUACCUUCAAUAUAUUGAUUGACACUCUUUCUAAGGAAGGAAUGGUUUCAGAGGGACGAGAAAUUGUCAAUAUGAUGAUUCAAAGGGGCAUAAAGCCUGAUGUUGUCACUUACAAUUCAUUAAUGGAUGGAUAUUGUCUACUUAACCAAAUGAAUGAAGCUAGAAAAGUAUUUGAUUCGAUGAUAGCUGAUGGAAUAGUUAAUGUUUUUAGCUAUAGCAUCUUGAUUAAUGGAUAUUGCAAGAUCAAAAGGAUAGAUGAAGCAAUCGAACUUUUUGAUGAAAUGCCUAAAAAAGGUUUAGUUCCUGACAUUGUUACCUUUAAUACUGUUAUACAGGGCUUGUGUGCCGCAGGGAGGACGUGGACUGCACAAGAGCUUUUCAAGAACAUGUAUUCUCAUAGUCAGCAGCCAGAUAAAACAACUUUCUCAAUUUUGCUGCAUGGGUUAUGCAAAAAUGGACACCUUGAUGAGGCACUCGUACUAUUUAAAGCAAUAGAAAAUAGUCGGUUGGAGCUUGAUCUUAUGUUUUAUAAUAUUUUGAUUGAUGGUAUGUGCAAAGCUGGGAAGAUUGAUGAUGCCAAGGAGCUAUUUUCUAGGCUCGUUGAAAAUGGUUUACAACCUGAUGUUUAUACAUAUACUUCAAUUACAAAAGGACUUUGCAGACAAGGUUUACUGGAUGAAGCAUACAAGGCUUUUAGAGAAAUGGAAGAGCUUAAAUGUUUGCCAAACGAAUGCAGUUAUAAUGUGAUUAUUCAAGGGUUUCUUAGGAAUAAAGAUGUAAUGAGAGCAAGUGAAUUUAUUAAUGACAUGGUUGGUAAGGGAUUUUCUGCAGAUGCCACGACAUUUGAGUUGGUAGUUCAUUUAUUAUGUAGUGAUGAUCUUAUGUUGACAAAACUAGGAAAUAAAUAUGAAGUUUCUAAAGGUGUAAAUCUGAAUUGAAGUUUUUAGCCAGCAACAUCAGAUCAAAGAAUGUGUUAUAUUUGUGUUAUUUGUGGGUUGUUGUACUUCAAUUUAUUUUAAUACUUGUGC